AUGGUUAAUUCCUCUAUGCUGUGCACGGUGGUUGUUGCGGCGUGCCUCGCCGUCGCCGCUGCUGACUGGUCUCAAGGCACUGCCACUUUCUACGGCGGAAUCGACGCGUCCGGCACGAUGGGUGGCGCAUGCGGGUACGACAACCUGUACAACGCGGGGUACGGUGUCAACACCGCGGCGCUGAGCCCGACCCUGUUCAAUGACGGCGCGUCGUGCGGGCAGUGCUACCUCAUCACCUGCGACCCAACACGUCUGGGUGGCCAGUGGUGCAAGCCCGGCAACUCCAUCACUGUCUCCGCCACCAACCUGUGCCCGUCCAACUACGCACUGCCCAACGGCGGCUGGUGCGGCCCGGGCCGCCCGCACUUCGACAUGUCCCAGCCGGCGUGGGAGCACAUCGGCGUCGUCCAGGGCGGCAUCAUCGCUGUCCAGUACCAGCAGAACCUCGGAGGCAGUGGCUCCGUGGGCGCCGCCUGGGUGAAGGGCGACAAGACGGGGUGGAUCCAGAUGUCCAGGAACUGGGGCGCUAACUGGCAGGUGCUCGCUGGGCUCGUCGGCCAGGGCCUCAGCUUCGCCGUUACCAGCACCGGUGGGCAGUACAUUCAGUUCUGGAAUGUGGUGCCUGGGUGGUGGCAGUUCGGCCAGACCUUCACCACAAACCAGAAUUUCUACUACUAA